CCUUUGUUCGAAAGUUGUAUUUUUUGAGUUGAUACCUUUUUGCGGCAUUGGGUAUUGUAUUCUCCCAUUGUGCUAUAAGAUGCAAUUAGGUUGAAGAUAACUCGAUCAGCACACAAUAAAUUUAAGAAAAAAUGAGACCGGAUUUUUACGUGGGUAGUCCAACAUUGCAGACUGGAGCACCACUUGAAGGUAGCUAUCCGAAUUACCUCAGAAGUUGCAACAACGACAUUGAGAUGGAAGUAGCAGGUGCUUAUGGAGCAGGUGCAGUUUCGCAGUCUCAACUUUUCAGUUUUGAGCAGAAACCUAUGGAACAAAGAAACGGUGUAUCAGCUAUAAGAAAUCUGGAUCAUGAGUUAGAUGUUGCGCAUCAACAUGGCUUUGGAGACGGUGAAGCAUUUCGUUGCUCACCUGAAUCUGAAAAAAAAUCAAAUAUAGAAAAAAGCGCCUUGUUCCCAGGCACCAAACAUGUACACCGAGUGAAAAGAAGGAGCUCUGGACUCAACAGUAAUGAUUAUCUACUUAACACUUUUGAAGAAUGUCCUGCUAAGAAGCGCAUGCUGGACAGCAACGAUAGAUUUGGGGAAGUGUAUUCACAAAACUCAUUUGAUGCACCAAUGGACGACCAGGAACAAUCAGUGGAAAUGAAAAAUGAACAAAUGUUUCAACCUUCAGGAAAAAUAAGUUUCCCGCCAAGCCGAAUGAGUUCGGAGCUGAUAACACUGACAGAUGUUGACCAGCAUAAUCGUGCCAUUGCGAACGAAAGGUUCUACAACUUCAGAUGUAUUAAUUCUCACCUGGGCAGUCACUUGAUAUGAACUUUAUUUAUCCUUCAAUUUUAAUCACUCCAAAAGCUCCUUGAAAUUUGCUUGUCUUGUGAUUGGUUUGUGAAGUAAUUGUAAGCUUAAUUGAAAUGUCUUCUGUUUUUUUCAGUGGUUGUUUGGAAUCCCGAUCUUUCCACUAUUGGCAAUUCGAUCGAAGUUUUCCUUAUUUUUUCGCCCAAAUGUGAAUGAUGCAAUUAUUAAGUCAUGGCAGAUAGUUUUCAAUUUGUAAAAAAUUCAACCAAAAAUCAUUAGCUAUUUUGCAAGAAAAACGUCAAUUCCAAAAAAGUCAAUUAUCAUUCCGAAACAUCACUGGCUAAACUCUACAAGUUAAAAAUUGCGGCUUGUUAAUGUCGUUUUGUUCGAUGGUCACCUGUAAACUGUAUCUUGUCAUUAGCUGCUUAUAAGUUGAUUAUGUAAGAUGCCAAAUAUUGCCAAUGUUGCCUUUGAACAUUCAGGCACUGAAGUUAGUAAUAUCACCUUCAGGUUAAUAAAAAGCUAAACAAAAUCUUAGCCCUACCUCGAAACAGCGUAUCGCACCUUGUAAAUUUUAUGUAUUUAUUGUAAUCGAAAUACCUUAGUUGAAAUAGAUUAUUCACUAAUUCUCCUUACCAUGUGUUAAACUAGUGUCGCUUUUUCGUUCCAGCUUUUAAUUUUAGUUAAACAUGCAAUGUUUAGUAUCUGUAUUGUAGUUUGAUAUAGUUGAAAUAUUUUCGUUUGAAACGUGCUUAUUACUUUCCAUUAUCGUUCUUUCUGCUUAUAUACUUACGUUAGUUAUGAAAACUCAUUCAGUUUAAUCAUCGAUAUCUUUGAUGUCAAGAUUGCUAAGUGCUUGUGUAUUGUCGUGGCCAUAAUUACCGUGCUAACUUUACUAUGUGUAGUUUCGUUUCAAUUUCCUUUGAUUAUUUUCGUUUUAAUUUUAUUCUGAAAAAUAAAAAAAUGAUAUCUGACUAUUUUUGAACUGAUUGAACACUAAUUAGUUGUAACGAAUUCAGUUAUUUUUUUAAACCAUAUUUCAUUUUUAACAAACAUUUCAGAUUGGAGAGCAUAAUGAUUCAUUUGUACAAUGUCAAUAGUGUGAUAUAAGGAUGACAUAACCCGACUACACAUAAUUGUACAAAAAACCGUGUGU